AACAGCGAUAGCGCCGUUCCCGCUAUCGCUAUUCCGCUAUUCGCUAAUAGCGCAAUAGUUGAUGUUGAAGGAUCAUUGUUGGGAUAUGAUAAAGAAGGGAAUGUGAUAUCUUUUCAAAUGAUUGGAAAAUUGGAUACGGAUGGGUUGUUGUCGUGUGUGAAGAAUUCGGAUUUAUAUUUGUUGCGGAUUGCGGAGAGUGAAGGAACAAUGAACUUGAUCAGAAUGAACGAGAAGUUAAGUGGUCAUCAACUUGGCACAACAGUCAUCUUCGAUUUGGAAGGUCUCAGCACCGAUAUGCUGUCCAGAUCGGCCAUUAAAAUGAUCACUUCGAUGCUCAGUCAAUUGCAGGAGAUGUUCCCGGAUGUCAUCCGUAAAAUAUUCAUAAUCCGUUCACCACCGUUCAUCCAAAUGGUUUGGUCAUUGAUAAGUCCAUGUCUCGCUAAACAAACCAAAGAAAAGAUCAACUUCUUGGGUACCGAUUGGAAGGCUAAACUCAGCGAAUGUAUCGCGCCAUCAGUUCUGUAUGAGGAAUGGGGUGGUUCAAGACCACCCGAUCAACGUUAUUCACGUAUUUGUCAAACUGGUAAAAUACCACGAGAACUCAGGUAUACACUUAUCCUUUUUCACUUCAUUUUGAGAUAUCAACUGAUAACUUCAUUUUUAUCAGAUUACCUAGCGACCUGUCUUCGCUCUCAGUGU